AUGGAUUGUUACGAGGAAAUAAUUCGCCAUUUUGGAUUUCCCACCGAUGAUAGAUCAACAGAAUAUCCUAAUGAGAUACCUGAUAAUUCAGAAAACCUUGCUGCGGAAAAUGCUACAGUUAAACAGGUACAUAGUAUUAACAAAGCAAACAUAGUUGAUGAAAACAUGAAUACUAACAUGGGUAUAAUAUCUAACGAAUUUGUUACUAUAAAUAUCGAAUCAAGCAACAAUAAUAUUAUGGAAUUGGGAAAUGAACGUAGUAACGUAGAAUACUCGAAAAAGGAUUCCAACCCGGAAGACCAAUCAGAUCGAAAAUUUGAUGAAACUCAUCACACAAAUCAUAAAAGUGAAGUACUUUCCUUUGAGGAGUUCGUAGAUAUUUUUUUCAAUGAAGACCAAAAUAAUGAAUAUAGUAAUAACAAUCCUCCAAAUAGUAUGGAUAAUGUAAAUGGCAAGGGUUCUGUAUGUAAUAGUGUGGACGCUCAAAUAAAACAUAUUGUAACUACCUCUAAUGCUCCUGAAAGUAUGCUUGAAACAAGUUUACCCGAAUGUCAUGCAGACAAUAAAGAAGAGGAAAACUCUACAAACUUUAGCAAAACCGGUAUAUUAAGUUCUACCCUAUGUGACAAUGUAACCGAUGUUAAAUCGAAUGCAGACAUUGUUCUUGAGGAGCGUAAAGUAGUAGAUUUUAACGUUCCUGAAAAAGAAACCUUCAGCAAUAUUUUUCCAGAAAGUACUUUGCGAUCUAAUUUACGUUCUUUAAACAACGAUGGAGAAAGGAACACAACAACCAUCGAUAAAACUGAUAUUUUAGGCUCCACACAAUGUGGUAAUAUUAUCGAUGUUACAUCGAAUACAGAUAUUGUUCUUGAGGAGUAUAAAGUAGUGAGAAAGAAAAUGAAAUUAGAUGUGGUUCCAAACGUAGAAGUAAAAAGCGUUAAAUCAAAAUCUUCGGAUAGUAAUAGCUUUACAUUAGGCGGUACAAUUACUUUCUCAAACAGCGAAGAAGUAUAUUAA